ACCCUCCCCUAAAACGCCUCUGGGGCAAAACAGUAUAAACUACUGUUAACAAAUAGUAAGAAUUCAUUGCAUUUUACACUUCAUACUGGCAAUUCAUAGCAGAAAAUAACCAACUAGCAUAGAAACACAAGAUAUGAAAAGAAAGGCAAAGGACAAGAAGACAAAAAACAAAACAGAAACAACAAUUCUCUAACAUCUUAACUGCCUAAACAGUGCGUUAAGAGGAGAAAGACGAGUAAUGCAUAAAUAAAUAAAUCUUCAUACCCCAAGAAAAGCGAAACAGAGGUAUUUAAACACGUUAAUCAAGUCAAAUCCGAUUUUGCAGUGGAGCGUGAACGUCGCACCAGUUUGAUAAAGUGGGCUGAGACGCGCAUGCGCAGUCGCAGUGUUUGCAGACUGACAGCCCGUUAGCUGCUGCUGCUCACCGGCAAUGAUACAGCAAACACGGAGAUGGACGUAGCAACCACUUUUUUAUCAUAACAAAGACGGAAAUUAUUUAGACGCCACUGUCUAUUGACAACAGAUGGAUUUAUAUCUUCACCAGGCUCACGUUUGUUUCGGGAAAAAGGAAGACUCCGGGUCCGAGGAGAGGAAUGGAUGCGACGGCUGAUUUCCUGCGACAUACACCGGCCAGCUAGGAAACCUCCACAUUCACCUCGAAGACCCACCUGGGUGCACCUUAAACUAUUUAGUCUAUUUCUGUGUGCAUAACUUGUGAGUGUAAUAUCUGCGACGUCAUUUUUAUUAGCAGUGAAAAAGGUACGUCAAGUGCUGGAGGUUUGUGGCUAACCGCUAAGCUAACCAACGGCUAGCUGGAUUUCGUUGUUUAUUUUAUUUGCCUCGUUGAAUACAGUCGUUUUUUUAAUCUUUCUCAAGUUGGAUUAAUACUUAUGUGUUGUAUAUAGACACUGCUUAUAAGCUAGAGUCUGUCUAACCACAGCUUGAUUUUUUUUAAAGGACAUAAAUCAUCUGACUUGUCACUUAUGGCUCGUUAGUAUCGCGGUACUGCAGCUAAGUUAGCCGUCAGCCACUUCUUGGCCUUUUAGAAACGUUAACUCCCUCCAAAGUAAAGAUGCACCACCAGGACUUUUCCGGAGACCCUCCCGGCACCGGGAGCAGGAAAACGCACUACACCCACUACAGGAGGGGCAGUAGCGGUGCGUCUGCCUCCUCCGCAGCCGGCGGCAGUGGAUCCAACGUGGUCGAUGACAACCCAACCCAGGCUGGGUCCUCUUCUCCGGGACUCCACCACCAGCAUCAGGCCCAGUCCCAAGUGGCUGGAGCUCAGGUGAAGAAGAAGAGUGGCUUCCAGAUAACGAGUGUCACCUCAGCUCAGAUUAACGUGAGUGGUAACAACAGUUUAGCUGAUGACACUGAGAGCUAUGAUGAUAUGGAUGAGUCACACACUGAGGACCUCUCCUCCUCUGAGAUGCUGGAUGUUUCUGUGUCGAGGGCCACGGAUACAGGUGUGCCAGAGCGAAGCUCUUCCGAUGAGACCUUAAACAGUCUGCAUGGGGUCGACACACCCGGCAUUGUGUCACCCAAUGAGCCUCUUCAUCCCCAUUCCAUCCCUCAGGGCUCUCAGCAGCAUGCCUCCAUGGUAAACGGGACCGUGCAUCAUUAUUAUCCUCAGCAGCACAGCCAGCCCCACCAUCAUCACUCUGACAGCUUGGGAGGAGGUGAACCCCCAUUGCCAGCUCUCCCCGUCGCUCCCUUGGCUAGCUCCAGCCCAGCUAUGGUUUCCAAAGCUGGGACUAGUCAGUCCCAGAGGCCACCAAUGUUGGAUAAAGCUGCAGGAGGGACAACCUCAGCUAUUGUUGGUGGGGCAGCCACUGAUCUACAAGGCAAUGUGAACAUUUCUAACGUGUCUGCUGUCCCUGCUGCUCCUCCUUCUGGGCUGCCAGGUUUUGACAAUACAAGUGUGAGUGGGCAAGUGGCUUCUACUGGAGGAGGAACAGUCCAGCCUGCUGCUGCUGCCCCCAACACUCAACCCCAGCACACCCAAACUCAGACAGCCACCGGCUCUCGUUUCAGGGUGGUCAAACUAGACACUAACUCUGAGCCGUUCCGCAAAGGAAGAUGGACGUGUACAGAGUAUUAUGAAAAGGAGGUUCAACAUGCAACUACGUCUGAGGCACCAAAAGGUGCAGAGGUUGCUGCAGAGUCUGAGGCAGGUAACGCUGGUAUUAAUCCAGGCCCACCUGCUGUACAACCACCUCACACGCUGCAGCCCUAUCAACCACCGAGCCAGGACUUCACCAGUCCUCAAGCCAUGCAGAGCCCACCACAGGGACUGGCCCAAACCGCCCCUCUCACCUAUGUGUCACCGCAGGAGGUGGUCGGUGGAGCUCACAUGCAGAAACCAGUUGCUCCUGUCGCUCUCCCUCCAGCAGCUCCACAGGUGACAGCACAGGCUGGUGUAAAUCAGCCUCUUCCUGUAAUGCCCCAACAGUUGCCCUAUGCUGCGCAACCCCAGGGAGGUUACCCUGCGCCUCAGCUCCAUGCAGGUGUCAUGGCCCAAGGUAGUGUCCGGCAGCCAGACUUUAUCCAGCCCACUGCUCCAUUCCAGACCCAGGUCCAGCCUCCGCUGCCGCACAUUACAACAGGAAUCUCCAUAGCACCAGGCCCCGGGGUCACAGCGCAGCCACCGGUCAGCAUCACUCAGCAGCUACCCCAUCAAGGUCAGGUGGCUCCACCUGCUUUGGCAACCUUUCCACCACAAACCCUGCCAACUCAGCCCCAACAACAUCACCCACAGCCCCAACCUCAGCCCCCCUCCGCUGCCACAGUCCCAGUACCACCCCCCCAGGUGACCCCAUACAUGCCUCUGACUGCACUGCAAGCUGACCUCCAGCCCCUCCUCAACCCGGGUGCGACCCUAACCCAGAGUGUCGGAGUGAGCUCCCUAAAAGCCUCCCAGCUGGAGGACGCCCAAAAGCUUCUGUUCCAGCACCAAGGCCUGCUGGGUCUGCCCAGGCUUGGGGUGGCAGCAGGUGGAGAGGGAGCUGCAGAGGCCGGUGGCGCUGCUGGAAGCCUGGCGCACAUGGGGAUGUCAGCUGAGGCCAGCGCCUUCAUGGUUGCGGCGGCUGCAGGCCUCAGGACUCAGCAUGCUGACGGAGAUGAAGACAGCUCCUCUGGUGCAAGUGUGGUGGCCAUUGACAACAAGAUUGAACAAGCAAUGGACCUGGUGAAGAGUCACCUGAUGUACGCCGUGCGUGAAGAGGUGGAGGUGCUGAAAGAGCAGAUCAAAGAGCUGAUGGAGCGCAACACUCAGCUGGAGCAGGAGAACAACCUGCUCAAGACCCUGGCCAGCCCCGAGCAGAUGGCUCAGUUCCAGGCGCAGGUCCAGACCGGCGGCUCCCCGACCAGCGCCGCCCAGCCUCCGCUCCCGGGCUCAGUCGGGACGACACAAGCCCUCCCUCCCACACAGAACUCAGGCACGUCUGCGUAACACAGAACCUGGAAAGAAGCCGCCUGAGGAUUAAAGAUGGAAGGAGGAUGAGGAGGAAGGAGUCUCGCCAUACUGUGAAGUGACUCAAGCUGACUAUGCCACCGUCUCGAGGAGCGCACACUACAAUCACCCGGAGGACGACAAACAACUUUACUUUGUUGCACAUUUUAUUUAACUGAAAGACUGUGGAGUUGCACCGGUGUGUGUGUGUGCGUGUGUCUACUUUGUCUCCAACUUUUACCUGCUUAAGACAAUCGCUGUCAUCGUGGUAACGAGGGAAAGGACAGAGCUGAGAGGCGACACUGCAGCCGCCGCCGCUGCCAUUGUUCAGGGCCCCCUCCAUGGAGGGAGGGAGGAGCUAAAGCAGGGCCCGACCAAUCGGGGUGGGGAGCACGCUGCACGCUCUCGUCAGUACCGUCAAAUCCUUCGCAGUGUGACCCGUGGAGAAGUGUGCCAUUGUCUUGCCCCGCCCCGCCUCAACCCAGCACUAUCCAUCUGCACACGAUUUUUUUUUUUUAACUCUUCUUGUUUCAUGCUUCAGAUUUUUUCAGUGCCGUGGUUUAAUGCACUUUUUUGUUUUUUUUCAGCCACAUCGACAGCGGACGAACUUUUAAAGGACAAACAAAAGAUUUGUGCGCCCCAUCUGGAAUGGGAGAAACAAUUAGUCCAGGUCUUCGUUUUCUGGGUUGAGGAGGGGUAUAAAAAGAGAAAAAAAAAAAGAUUAAAUAUAUAUUAGCAGCGCCUCAUUGCUCACUUUGAGAACUCGGUGUUCUUUUUCGAGGUUCACGUUGCUGUCCCCACCCCUUAACGCCGCACUCUGCCCCGUCUUGGAUGGAACAUUAAACAUUUAUGCAGGGAAUCAAUGUGUUUUUUUUUUUAUUAUUGUUUUUUUUUUUUAUUUUUUUUUUUUUAGGGAGGGCUGAGAAAGAUCUGGGAUUGCAAUUAGUUUUUUUGUCUGUUUGUUUUUGCUCUUGUUAAUGUAAUUAAUGUCCUAGUGAUUUGUAAAAAAAAUAAAUAAUGGAAAGGCGUAUAAAUAGGACAUGACUGUUUCUAGGUAGUGAACUUUGUACAGAUUUAAAAAAUUCCAAUUAAACUCUGCCAAGUGCCUGGUUUCUAACCAUAGAUACAUAUAUAAAAACCUUUUUUUAGUUAUUUUAUUCAAUGUACAUAUACAGUAUAUGUGUAUAAAUAUAUAUAUCUAUGGUUUUGCCAGGUUUUGAACUACCUGUGAUGUCAGUACUCAGGGUGGGAACAGAAGAGGAUUAUUUACCUCGACACUAAGAUGCUGUCUCUCCUGCAGUGACACACGGCUUCGUACUGUAUGUGAACUCUCCGCCGCCGUCGCUUAACUCACUCGCUCAAAUGAUCUAGACGGUUUUCCAUUUGGGGACGUGUGUAGUUUUUUCUUUAGGUUUUUUUUUUUUUUUUUUUUAAUGAAUGACGAUGGUGUUUUCUUUCUUUAUUUCUUUUUGUCUUUUGUACAGCCAAGUGUUUUAAGUUGCUUGUAGGGCAACUAAAGCGCUGAACACUAUAAAUGAGACACUUGGCAAAAAAUGGAAAACGCCUAGCAGAAGUAUGUCAAUGUUUUGUGCAUGUUCCUCAGCCCAUCACAAAUGUGACGUUACAAUUGCACUAGACAGUUGCACCUCAAAUAAAAUGAAAACAAAAAAAAAAGUCUAAA